AUGCCGUUUCUUCAUAAAAAAACGAAGACAAAGAAAUCGAUAAAGGAUCAGCAAACAUCAGUGAAACGAAAUCAACGAAUGGUCUUCAGCGCUCAAAAAACUGCUGCUACCAGACAACUUUCGUGUGUUUCUGCAAACCGACCAAGCAGUCGUCGUAUUGCACACAGUCAAAAAGCAUCUGCAAAACACUUGGAAGUGGGAGAAACAGAUCGGCAAAAAGAUCAGGAAAAGCAAGAUCAAGCAGUGCAAGAACUAGUUGAGCAUCUGAAGUUCAUUGCACCAUUCAACAAACGCUGGCAAGUAAUUGAGACGAUCAAUCAGGGUACGUAUGGUGUGGUAUUUUCUGUUCGUGAUGUUGUCACGAAAGUAUACGGUGUUAUUAAAGUGGCUAAAUCGAUGGCUAAUGAAGCUGGCAAUGUUUCAGCUGAGUGGGAAGGAUUUAUCCUGGAAACAAUGUUCAAAAGAUCCGAAAGUGCUUCAAUCGUUCGAUUGUUAGAUAAGGGUAUGCUUGCGGAUCAGCAUGGCGAAGGUAUGGAAUUCGUGGUACUGGAAAAAGCGGGAGUACCAGUCAAGGAUUAUAUUUAUGAGGUAGAAGGAGCACAUAGAAAAUAUCGUGCAGCAAAUGUUUCAUUGCAAAUGCUAAAAGGAAUUUAUGAUCUGCAUGCACAAGGACUUCUGCAUCGGGACUUAAAGCCAGAUAAUAUGGGUUUAUCUUCAAGAGAACAACCGAUCGCACUGCUCUUCGACCUCGGUAUGGCUCGGAUGUACACCGAUGGAGAAAGUGAUAUACGACCGCCACGGACGUGCUGUCCAUUCCGUGGAACACCUGAAUGGGCAAGUGGUCACGCACAAAAAGGUCGCGAGCAGACACGCUUUGAUGAUCUUAUUGCUUGGCUUUAUGUUACGUGUGAGCUUUUUGCAAAUGAUCGUGAACCCAUCCAACCGUUACCAUGGACGUAUAGAAAUAAUAUGAAAGCACAUAAAUAUUUGAAAUCAAUGUAUUGUCCUGCCCGUUAUCUCCUGAAAACAUUGCCACAUCAGUUUUAUGCAAUUAAUGCAUAUCUCCAUACAGCAAAUCCUCAAAAGCCACCAGAUUAUCAUUUCCUUGCUGAAAAAACUUUUGAAGCAAUCAAGGAGUUGGAAGAAGAAGUGAAAAAGUUGCCACCCCCGCCGGUAUUCACGAUGAGAAAUUGUCUGAAGUGUUGGGUAAACGAUUGCCUUUAUGUUGAAGCUACAUUAGAAGAUGCUAAAUAUCAAGAAACUUUCAAAAUGUUAACAGUAAGACUGUGCUCGGAGGGUGAACAUGCUGUUAUUGGAAAGACGAAAUUCUUAUGGCCAGAACAGUACCUGCCAAAUGAAAUCAUAAUCGAUGAAAAGCAGACCGUUGUUUUAAGGGGAAUCAAUAAUAUUGCUAGAAUACCUUUAAUAAUACAGCCGACUAAACGUUCGUUAUACAUCGGUACUUCAGAAGAUUCCGUUCCUUCCGUAUGCGUUUAUGCAUCACUAUCUUUUCUUCAUAAAACAGAACCUUUUGAUUCUCUCGCUGUAAAAAUUUCCAACUGUUUAGUACAGGAAGAUUUGAGUAAUAUUUGGAAUGAGCUUUCAAAAUUAGCCAGGAAGACAAACGGUGACUUGUCUGCCCAUAUACCUAUUGCACUUCCUGCUCAUAUGCAAAUGAUGUUGCUCAAGGUCUUACGCAGAUGUGUUGAUGAAAAACUUUUCGACCGGGUACUCACAUUUCUCAUUCAUUCGAGACUGAUCACCGAGCCCAAAGCAUGUUGUAAACUCAUUGAGUUAUUAGCUAGUAAAAGUCUUAUGCAACAAGCAAUCGAUUUUUUGCGUUUUUCAUUAGUACUCGAUGAUCGAUCAUAUACACUGUUUCUCAAAAUGUCUUCUAAUGUAUCUGUUUUGGAGAGUUCCAAUCUGCUUUUAUCUUUAUUGGAAAAGCCUAUUAACAGUUGUGGCUUACGACUAAUUGUUUCACAGGAAUUGACAGAAAUUGAAGUUACGACUCUUAUUGAACGAUUGAUAUCACUGGGUUGCGAUAGGAUCAGAGAUGAUUUAUUUGAUAAGAUAUUAAAACUUAUGGCAGUUUUCGUUGAUAGCCAUUCACAACGUUUUGUUUGGGAUGAAAAAUGUCACAAUGUAAUACGAGAUGCUGCCUGCUUUGCAUCAACUAUGGAUGUAAGCAUGCUUGUGUGUAAGGAAGAAUGUGGUUAUAGUUUACCGUGUCAUUAUCAUGAUCGGGAUGAAACAACUAGGUACUGGAUAACUUGUUUCGAGCACGAUUGCUGGUUACUUGAUUCUCGAGGUUAUGGUGUCGCCAGAAUCGCUUUCAAUUUGUUGAAGGAUAACCGGAUUUGGAAAAGAACUGUGAUACACCCUAAUAAACAGGUGACAACUGGAAAGUGUGUUUGCAUCGCUGAUUUUAUACGGGUCAGUAAUGGCUCCUGUGUUUCGGUAUCGAUCACUGCCAAUCUGUCUAAUUCGUCAAUCUUUGCUCCAAAAUUUGAAAUCGUUGGUCCAACAACUGUGCAACUCCCUCAGGACAGUAUCAAAUUGUCCAUAAAAUUUAUUGACUCACAGGAAGAACAGUCAAAUUUCACUUAUUAUUGGGAGGUUCUAGAUGGAGGAGGUUUUGGUGCAGCGAAUACAUAUACUGAACCAACUCUUAUCAUCACAAAUCUGAAAGAAGGAAUGAUGCGCUUACGUGUGACUAUCGCAAAUUCCGCUGGCAAAAGCUUCAAGGAUACAACGCUCCGAGUUCUCACCGAAAAACAUGUCAACAAACCUCCUACAGCGCUAAUUCGCCCCUCUAGUGAAAUUCAUGUUAAUGAAGGAAGCCACUUAGUAUUGGACGCUGAAGGUAGUUCUGAUGAUAGUGAUCAGCCUCUGGAAUUCGAAUGGAAGCUUCUGAAUGGUCCGGCAAUUUCGUUACCUGCAAUGAACACAGCUGUCCUUCGCCUUGAUAAUCUUGUUACUGGGAAUUAUACCUUUGGGCAAGCUGCUGUGGAAGCUAUUAAUUUGUUAGUAGUAAAAGAUCAACAGGGAGCUACUGAUGAAAAACGUGCAGAAGUAAUUGUUACUGCAAAAAGAGAUGAUCCGCCGAAAGCUUUAAUAACGGUUUGUGGUGAUCCAUUAAGCCGCUCGGCAGUAGAUGUUCGCCUUCCGCAAAAUAGUCUCCAAUUGUGCGCCAACACUUCCACUGAUGAUAACGUAUUUCUUUUUAGUUCAUUUCAGUUUCUGAACAGUUCUUUAAUUGCAUUGAUAAUUGUUUUACUUUUUGUGCUUCUAAUGUAUAAACAUAUUCCUCAUAAUGGUAAUUUUCGACUGGAUGAGGAUUUAGUAUUGUAG